GUCGUCGUGCACGGUUUCGCGAGUGGGAACGGCAUCUAAGGUGUUCUAAAAGUGGGCUCUCUUCGACCAAUUUAAUUGUGUUGAUUUGACUUUUUAAAAAUAAUUCCUUAAAGGUUGAAAGCGAAAAUAGAACAUUUCAAAAAUAGAAUUGACAAAAGUGACUUUAAUUAUGAACAAUGUUUGUGGGACGGCUAUCAAAAUAAAGCAGAAAAUAAAUAAAUAGGGAGUGAUAGAACGCGUCACCAGUAAAUCGUUAAUGAUAAAGUGAACCUUAUUGCACUAAACAUUGGAAUGACAUUUGUUUAAUAAAGUGAACAUUGAUAACCAAAUUAAUGAAAAUAAUGAUUCCUUGCUCGAAUGUUGACUGCUGAUCUGAGCAAAUUGCAAUAAUCACAACUCCUUGUAAUGAAACACAAUGGACUGGAGAAUUCGAAGACACGUUCAAACGCCGGUGAAGCCCGUUGAGGCCAGGGGCUUUUGAAACAGACAAUACUGAGCUUAACAUCAUUAGAUUUAAUACUACAAAAAUGGCAGAUGAGAAAAACAAAUCAUUAAGCAAUAAGGGCUCUCCAGUUUUAAUGGAGGAAAGGGAACGUGAAUCUGUGAUAGGAGAUGAGAAAAAUAGUGAAAGUGACACUACCAGUGAAUAUCUUAGCUGUCAUGACGAACAAACGAAUACAAAUAGUAGCUCCUCUCCGUUUUAUGAGAGCAGUGAUUGUAAGAUAGAUUAUGCUGUUAAGUUAGAUGACAAUGAUACGUUAAGUGACGUUGACGACAUCAAAACCGAUACUGCAUCAGCAGACAGUGAGGACUCUGCACUUGGCAGUCUCCCACAUGAUAGUGCACAUACCGAUAGAGAAGAAUACGCACAGGACCGGUCCGAUGGCAGCGAUUCGGGACUUGGGUCUGAAUCACCAGAUGAUGUGAAACAGCCGUGCUUUAAUUUAUCGCUGCCGGGCGUAAAUGAGCAAAGUUGUCCAUUGCCAGACGAAGAAGAUAUCAAUAUAAUUUCGCUGUCUAACGGUAAUAAUCAAGAAAAUGUGGACCGGAAUACUAUUGCAAUCAUCGAUAAACCAAAAAAAAGUAACCUUAAAAGAAAGAGUGACGGGACACAGGAAAAUGAACCCCAACAAAAGAGAAUAAAGCAUAGCAUACAAUUUGACAGUGUUACAGUCUUUUAUUUUCCUAGGUCCCAAGGUUUUUCAUGUGUUCCAUCGCAGGGAGGCUCCACCUUAGGAAUGGAAUGGGAACACAGUCAUACACAGAAAUUCACACUACCAGAACAUGCAAUGGAGCAAAGACGAUUGCACAGGCUGGUUUUGCAGCAGUUAAAAAGCGAACGUCACUUGUUGCAAGGAGUGUCUCUGUCUUCAAGUGAAGACAGUGACACAGAAGAAGAAGCUAGUGACAUAUCUGAAUCGGAACUGGAUUUGGACAGUUAUUAUUUCUUGCAACCUGUUCCAACUAGACAGAGGCGAGCAUUAUUAAGAUCAGCUGGAGUAAGAAAAAUUGAAAGUUAUGAGAAAGAUGAAUGUCGAGAUAUACGGACAUCACGUGAAUUUUGUGGAUGUGCUUGCAAAGGUACAUGCGAUCCAGAAAGCUGCUCAUGUAGUUUAGCUGGCAUCAAAUGUCAAGUGGAUAGAUUAAACUUUCCAUGUGGAUGUACAAGAGAAGGCUGUUGUAACACAUCCGGACGGGUUGAGUUUAAUCCCAUAAGAGUAAGAAGUCACUUUAUUAACACUCUUAUGAGAAUAGGACUAGAGCGCAAGAAUGAAGAAAUUCAGGAGGCUGCUAAAAGAAAAUGGGCUGAAGCACACACUGUAAUUGCUUCGUCGUCGUGUGUACCUACUCCAUAUGAAAAAGAAAACUGCCACACUCACCAAGAGGUUAUUUGUAAUAAUAGCUUACAGAAGAUAGGGAUAGAAAAUUGUUCAAGCCAUUUUAAUAGCAUGAACCAUAUAAAUGUCUCUAAUAACACUCAAAUUCAAAGUGACACGGCAUUUACUUUUAGAAAUGAAGCUGAUGAACAGAGAAAUUUGAAAACCAACAUGUUGGGGUUUGAAAAUAAAGCUGAACCUCCCACACACAUUCCUUACACAUCCAAUAUUCUACAAGGGAAAUGUCCACCAUACGCCGCUGCACAUACAAUGGAAUUCAACACUUUGACGAAUAACAUGCAAAGAUAUACAUGCGAUCUCAAUUAUUCUUAUGACCACCAUAUAGAUACCAACCAGUUUAAGGGAUUGCAAAACAUUUCUGCUUCUAGUUUUGAAGAGUUUGCUCAUAACUCUCAAAUGACUAUGCUUAAUCAAUAUGGUCAUAUGUAUGAUAUUGAUUACAUGCAUAAACCUAACACAAGCAUGCCAGAUCACAGCAAUAUGCAAUACCAAACAAUGCAACAUCAUUAUGAAAUGUACAAAAAUACCCCAGAAUGUGUCAAUAUAGAAAACAAAGCUGAAACUCAUUAUACAAGUUUAAUACCUAUGCCAUAUCAGCAAAGCAAUAAGUUGCAAGCUGUUGAGAAUGAUGAAAACUGGUUUAGUCACAAUACCUUGUUAAACUUAGACCACUCAGUCCAGGUAACUCAAGAAACACCUGCAGUACAACCAGAGGUAACUGCAGAUAAAGUAGAAGAAAUGAGUGAAAUUACUGAAAAUUUUGGUGAACUUAUAAAAAACACUAUGGUAGAAUCUGUUACAGUGUAGUUGAAUUACUCGUCUUUUAAUCCUUUCAAUAAAUUAUCAUGUUACUAA